AUGGCGGCAACGCAACACGACCUGAGAACUAGACUAUACAGGUUCUUUAUACUUGCCAAUGCGAGGUUCAUCUAUGGCCUGUGCUGCUUCCUCGACCUGGGCUCCGUUCGAUACGUUCAAUCCAGUGGAAGGCUCAAAAAAUAUCAUACGCCCUGGCCAUGGGUGGUCAUGGCGGUACUCAUCAAGCUCUUGUUGCUCACUCUGGAAGCUCCUUUUAUCUUCAUGUGCGGGGGCAUGAUGUACUUUUUCUUUUUCGAAGACUCUAGUGAGUUCAACGACAACACCACCUACCAGUGGAUGCAGAUGCUGGCCGAGGAGGUGAUGGCUCUCGUGUCCACUGCACGGUUGAUCUUCAUCAGCCACAACUCGACGUACUGUGAUUUCUUUACAUCGACUGCAAACAGAAUUCUGGAAAUGCAUCGCCUAGUCUUGAGACUCUUCGGCGACAAACAACUUUACUUGGAUGACUCGCUGCUGGUCGUUUUCCUGUUGAAGGUGUUUUUGACAUUUCACCACAUUGCAGCUCAGUAUACGCCCACUGAGAAGCACUUUGUCCUGGUCCGAUAUCACACUUUAAACGUGAUUCUCUUUGAGAUAUUCUAUACUGCCUACUUCCUGUAUCAGCUGCUCUUACUGGGCUGGCACCGUUCGCUUCUGGCCUUCCUGGAGACCUACGUUGCCCUGAAGCAAGUUCGGAAAUCACUAACACUGGAGUGUCGACGAAGAAUCAUUUGUGUCUUUAGUAUCUACGCCAAGAUGGCCCAGAUUCACCUCCAAGUAUCCCGUGCUUGGCUUAAAGUAUCGUCCAUGCUUUUCAUCGGAGUCUACUACACUGCCCACGAGUCCACCUACACGGUGUACUGUCUGUUUUCCUGGUCACAACUUUCGCUUAUGAAGCGAACGGAGCUGUUGCUGCUUAAAAAACUGGGAUCUCUGCUACAUCCCCUAGUCGGGAUUCUGCUAAUGGGAAUGGCCAGUGAUCGAAUGAAAUUCCUAGAAGCUCAACUAUGCGAGAGGAUAUUUCUCGUGGAACUAUUUUAUGCAAAGAAAGAUCACUUGUUUUCAAAUCGAUAUUCCGGACUCAUCAGUUGCAAGAAUGAAUGCUUUCUGCUCCAGAGGCUCUCAGUUCCGAUGAGAAAUUUUAUGUGGAAUCGGGGAUCAAUCUGCGACCGAGACCUGGUCUUUGAUAUGUUUGUCUACCUUUUCAUAAAUGCCACCACUUACCUCCAGUUUUUGAUCAGCGAUAAUAAUAGCCUUUGUGCAGAGGUACUAUAA